GACAGGAAACUAGCUACGAUUCUCUUAGCGGUUUCCCUCCGAGUGUAAAAUGCUUUACUUGAUCGGAUUGGGCCUGGGAGAUGCCAAGGACAUCACAGUCAAGGGUCUGGAAGUUGUAAAGCGUUGCAGUCGAGUGUAUCUGGAGGCCUACACCUCAGUCCUGACUGUAGGGAAGGAAGCCCUGGAGGAGUUUUACGGAAGAAAAUUGAUUCUCGCUGAUAGAGAAGAAGUAGAACAAAAAGCAGAUAAUAUUUUAAAGGAUGCUGACCUCAGUGAUGUUGCAUUCCUUGUGGUUGGUGAUCCCUUUGGGGCUACAACACACAGCGAUCUUGUUCUGAGGGCAGCGAAGAGAGGGAUCCCUUACCGAGUUAUUCACAAUGCCUCCAUAAUGAAUGCUGUAGGAUGCUGUGGUUUACAGUUGUAUAAGUUCGGAGAGACAGUUUCUAUUGUUUUUUGGACAGACACUUGGCGGCCAGAAAGCUUCUUCGACAAAGUGAAGAAGAACAGAGAAAGUGGCAUGCAUACUUUAUGCUUAUUAGACAUCAAAGUAAAGGAGCAGUCUUUGGAAAAUCUAAUCAAAGGAAGGAAGAUCUAUGAACCUCCUCAGUAUAUGAGUGUGAACCAAGCAGCCCAGCAACUUCUGGAGAUUGUACAAAAUCAAAGAAUACGAGGAGAAGAACCAGCAAUCACUGAGGAGACGCUCUGUGUUGGCCUAGCCAGAGUUGGAGCUGAGGACCAGAAAAUUGCAGCAGGCACUUUACAGCAGAUGUGUACUGUGGACUUGGGAGGACCAUUGCAUUCCUUGAUUAUCACAGGAGGCAGCAUGCAUCCUCUGGAGAUUGAGAUGCUAAGUCUGUUUCCCAUGCCAGAAGAUAGCUCGGAAUCUCAAAGCAUUGAUGGCCUCUGAAACUCAACAUUUUCUCUUGUCUAUUGUUAAUUUCUUUCAUAUGUACUUGUAUACAUAUG